AUGGCUGCUCAGGAACCGUCUCCACCAUCUUCCCUGGAAGGCGUCAGACCGGGCUUCCCAAAGAAAAUCCUGGCGAACAGCCUCGAAGACAAGCAUCUGUGCAACUCGUGCCACAAAGUCCUGAGAAGACCCCUGCAAGCUCAGUGCGGCCAUCGCUUCUGCUCCUUCUGCUUCAACAAGAUAGUGAGUUCCGGACCACAGAAAUGCGGUGCUUGCAUCAAAGAAGAUUUAUUUGAAGAACCCACCUCUAUCCUCAAGCUAGGUGGUGCUUUCCCUGAUAAUGCAGCUCGGAGAGAAGUGGAGUCCCUGGCAGCCCUCUGUCCCAAUGACGGAUGCACGUGGACGGGAACUAUCAAAGAAUUUGAGGCGAGUCAUGAGGGCAACUGUGACUUCAUGAUCAUCCUGUGUCCUUCCUGUAAAGAGCUGAUGAGAGCCAACGAACAGGAACGCCACAACGAGAGAGAAUGUCCAGAAAGGACACUCAACUGCAAAUACUGCAAAGAACCCUUCCUGUUGAAGAACAUCAAGGCUCAUGACGAAAUCUGUCCAAAGUACCCGAUGAUUUGUGAAGGUUGUGCAAAGAAAAAGAUCCCCAGAGAAAAGUAUGUGGACCAUAUUAAGUUCUGCAGUAAAUGUAAAGCUCCAUGCAGAUUUCAUGUUGUUGGCUGCAAUACGUCAGUGGAGAAAGAGAAGAUUCAUGAGCAUGAACGGCAGUGUUCCUAUGAACACCUCAACCUGCUCCUGCAUUUCAUCAUGGGCAUCAAGCUACAGCUCCAGAGCGAAAAGACCAAGGUGUCAGAGCUGAGCCGGCGCUGCCAGGAACUGGAGCUCAAAGUGAGCACGUUUGAGAACAUUGUCUGCGUCCUCAACCGAGAGAUGGAGCGCUCCUGCACCGCCAUGGAGGCCUACAAUCGGCAACACCGCCUGGACCAGGACAAGAUAGAGAUCCUCAACAACAAGGUUCGUCAGCUGGAGAGGACUGUGAGUCUUAGAGACCUGUCCAUCGUGGAGAUGGAGGGGAAAAUGAGAGAGAUGUCUGCUGCUACGUAUGAUGGCAUCUUUGUCUGGAAGAUCUCGGAAUUCACCAAGAAGAGGCAGGAUGCUGUGGCUGGCCGUGCCCCUGCCAUGUUCUCUCCUGCCUUUUAUACCAGUAAAUACGGCUACAAGAUGUGCUUGCGGAUAUACCUGAACGGUGAUGGGACAGGCCGAGGGACCCACUUGUCUCUGUUCUUUGUGGUGAUGAGAGGACACAGCGAUGCACUCCUGAAGUGGCCUUUUAAUCAGAAGGUCACCCUAAUGCUGCUUGACCAGAACAACAGAGAGCACAUAAUUGAUGCCUUCCGGCCCGACGUCUCCUCCUCGUCCUUCCAGAGGCCCGUCAGUGAUAUGAACAUCGCCAGCGGCUGUCCGCUCUUCUGUUCGCUCUCCAAACUGGACUCUAAAAACUCCCACAUACGCGAUGACAGCAUCUUCAUCAAGGCCAUCGUUGACCUCACAGGACUCUAG